UUUUUCCCAGGACCCACUGCUCCAAAACCACGACGCAACGAACCCAAUAUGAAGCUGCUUGUGCUGGCUGCUGCUGCUGUCGCGGCGCUUGCCGUGAUGACAACCGUCUCUGCUGCUCCCACCCCUUCUGCCAUGACCUUCGAAGAGUUCAAAGACAAGUACAACAAAGUGUAUGAGAGCGCCGAGGAGGAGGCACGCCGGGCGGCCAUCUUCCAGGAGUCCCUAGACUUUAUUGAGAAGCACAACGCCGAGGCCGCUGCUGGCAUGCACACGUAUCUGGUUGGGGUGAACGAGUUUGCCGACCUGACGCGUGAGGAGUUCCGCCAGCACCACGUCACGCGCCUGCCAUUUGACGACGACAAGCGCGACCCCGUCACCGCAACGCUGCACUUGGACGAACACGCCGUCCACGCAGCCGACAGCAACGGCGACAGCAGCGGCAUUGACUGGCGCAAGCGCGGGGCCGUCACGCCUGUGCGCAACCAGGGCCAGUGCGGCAACCCGGCCAUCUUUGCCGCGGUGGAGGCCGUGGAGGGCAUGCACGCCAUCUCCAGCGGCAACCUUGUCGAGCUCUCCACUCAGCAAGUGAUUGACUGCUCCGGCACACCGGGCUGCAGCGGUGGCUCCCUCGUCUCGUUCUUCAAGUACAUUGCGCGAAACGGCGGCCUCGACUCUGCUGCAGACUACCCCACCUCUGGCGCCGGUGGUCAGUGCAACAAGGCAAAGGAGGCACGCCACGUGGCCAAGGUUGGCGGAUACAGCGUGGUCCCGCCCCGCAACGAGACCAAGCUUGCCGCGGCCGUGUUCAAGAUGCCCGUGGCCGUGGCCAUCGAGGCAGACACGCCCUCGUUCCAGAUGUACACGAGCGGGGUGUACUCGGGCCCGUGCGGCACGCAGCUGGACCACGCGGUGCUGGUCGUCGGCUACACGGACGAGUACUGGAUUGUCAAGAACAGCUGGGGAGCCUCCUGGGGUGACCAGGGUUACAUCAUGAUGAAGCGCGGUGUUGGCGCCGCUGGUAUCUGCGGCAUCACGCUCGAUGCCAUGUACCCGACGGCCACCAACGCCACCGUCGCCACCCUCCACCUCUAAUGUGCUCGCCUGCUUGCUGCCAUCGUCUGCUGCAGUGCCGUUGUCCCGCGCCGUGGCACAUGUUAACUCAGUGCCAUGUUGCUGAGCCGUCGUUCGUGCUCUUGACACCUGUUUGCGUGCUGCUGUCACUACCUGCGUGCACCGUGCUGAAGCGCCUGCGUUGUGAAAUGCCUGCCUUGCGUUAUGUUGCGUGCACACGCGCAUACACAGCGUCCUCCUCUUCCUCCCUUGUUUGCCCAAGUUCCUUUUUCGCAAUGUCACACAGCCAUGCUCUGCAUGUUGGGCGACUGUCUUCCCAUGCCCGCCCUCUCUCUGUUCUCGCGUUACACACACGUUGCAGUUGCGAUGUCGUUACAAUCGCACCAUCGUUUAUCCGACCAAUGCACACACCAACAGAA